AGUUGCACAGUCUUAAUAGUGUGGCCUUGUAACAGGUACGUAAGAAAUGCCCCGCAGUCAAAGUUACAUAAGUUUUAGUAUCUCCGAGGGGUUAUUUGAUUCCAGUUAGAAGGCCGAGACCUAAAGUUUUCCGUGCUCGGCGCCGAUUGUAUUUUUGGCCGAGCAAGUACAUAAACCGACAAAAAAAGCUACUAAAGCUAUCGCCGCGACAAUAUCGCAAUCGGCAUUUUGCCAUCACCUACACAGUUGAAAAUUUAACGUCUCUAAAACAUCUCCAACUUCUAGAACCUAGACAAACUAUAUCAAUCAUAUCUAACCAUGUCUAUGGUCUCAGCCCUGAAGGGCGACUUGCCGCAGCAAACUCGGUCAUUGUACCGCCAGCUGCUGCGUCAAGGCAAGCAGUUUGAGGCCUACAACUUCAGAGAGUACGCGAAGCGCCGAACGAGAGACGCAUUCCGAGAGAACGCGGGCGUGCAGGACCCUAGAGAGAUACAGAAACUCAUACAGAAGGGACUAAAGGAGUUGCAGAUGAUGAAGCGCCAAACGGUCAUCAGCCAAUUUUACCAGAUAGAUCGGUUAGUAGUGGAGGGCGGAAUAUCGGGUAAGCAAAGCGGAAAGUCCGGAGAUAUUUCGCGGCAGAAGGAUACAGGAUGGGAUUAAUACCACCCUACGCGAUGCUUUAAAGUAUCCGCAAUGGGGUCACCUCGUUCUUCUCAUGCGUCUCGCCUCUGCUAUACAAGACGUACUAGCCCUGUACCAUUACAGCUUCAUUGUACAUCAAGCGCGCGGUUGAAUUAUAGGCUUGCGGCGUCCGCUCUCCUAGUUCAUAGGAGUAUUAAGUCUCAUUAGAGCAGGGAGAAAACGGAAAGGGGAUCAGGUCAGAAUCUGGUAUGCAUGAAACGGGAUGCAAAAGUAUGGCCUACAAACAAGGCAAUGUGCGGUACGGCAAGGAGUACCAAGGCCAUCUCACAUGAUAUCGAAUGCCAAUUCUGCUCUAGUUGCUUUAUAUGAACUUACGAGUGAUAGUUUGCCAGUAUGUAUGUAUCUAGGCUUUCUUGCCAAGCUAGCAGAGACCAUUCAGAUAUCUGCUGUAUAGCAAUCAAUACACUCCUCAUUUAAGGCAAAACAUUCUGACUAGAGACUGGCCAUCCUGUCUCUGUCAUUCCCUUUUGACAUGGAAACUUAGUACUGUCUGCAUAUGUCAAUUAAAUUUACGUUUCAAUGGGCACAUUCUGUCCGUAAUUAGUAGUUAGUUAGAUAGG